AAGAACUGCGUGGUGGCCGGUAUUGCGAGUUGGGGUUUCACCACGCGUGGCGUGGGUGGGGCGUUGCACACCUUGUCGCGCGCAUCCUUGAGGCUUCGUGUCAACAUUGAUCUAGACGAAUAACCAACGUAUCCCUUCCGGGUACCCGACACACGGAUUGACCACAACAUUCAUGGCAAUUGAUUUCUGGGAGGACUAUCAUUAUCGUUGCGCGACCUCUAUUUUCGAACUCCAUCAAUUUCCAAACCCCCAGCUGAGCAGGUGCCAUUCAUUACGCAAACAUCAUCUACCAGAACAGGCGAGACAGGCAUCAUGAACAUCUUCAGACUUCUAGCGGACUUUUCCCAUCUCUCGUCCAUCUUCAUCCUUUUACAUAAGAUGAAGUCCUCGAGCAGCUGCUCUGGAUUGUCGUUCAAGUCGCAAGCCUUGUAUUUGAUGGUGUUUGUGACGCGAUACCUCGAUCUCUUCUGGGCGUUUACCGAUUCUCUCUACAACACUACGUUCAAGAUCCUGUUCAUUGGCUCGUCGGCCUAUAUUAUUUACCUCAUGCUGAACGACUACAAGCCUACUCACGACCCCAAUCUCGACACUUUCAAGGUCCAGUAUCUUCUGGCCUUCAGCGCCUUUCUAGCUGUCGCAUUCCCGCAUGACUACAGAGUUUCCGAGAUUCUUUGGACGUUCUCAAUCUGGCUCGAAUCAAUUGCCAUUCUACCCCAGCUGUUCAUGCUUCAGCGCACCGGAGAGGCUGACACCAUAACAACUCAUUAUCUCUUUGCACUGGGCCUAUACAGAGCGCUAUACAUUCCGAACUGGGUCUACCGAUAUUUCGCAGAGAAGUAUUUUCAGCCUAUUCCCGUCCUCGCGGGCAUUAUCCAAACGCUCUUGUAUUCGGACUUCUUUUAUAUCUAUUAUAACAAGGUCAUGAAGGGCAAAAAGUUCUCGUUGCCCGUUUGAACAACCCCUGCACGUUUGGAUUGACACGACAGAUCUUUGGGCAUGAGAAAGGAGUGAGCGGACUUAGAGGUGAAACAUGGGCUUCUUGUAUUUUUAUUUGGCACAAAAAGAUUGGUCGACCUCCAGAGACACGUCCCUUCCGGGGAUAAACUCCGUGUAGUGGGAGUUGCCGCAGUAGGUUUCAUUCUGUUUUGUUCACCAGCUGGCCAGGGCAGACCAAUUGGGGUUACCGGUGCAGACUCCCAGGUUGACAUUCCAAUUGCCCUUCAGCAGUCAGGCACCUAAUCUCUGAGUAUUGUAUUCCCCGCAUACUCUUGUGCGCAUGUGUGGGCAUUCUUGCGACACUGCUUAGAUUGUUGGGUUGCCAUUCAAUCGUUGCGGUUCUCAGACAGAGGGUCGGGGAACAUGUGUACGUGUGGUAAAAGGAAACAGCAGCUUCUGCAACAAAGCAAUAAGAUUGACAGUGACGAAAC